CCGCUGCAGGAGGACCGCUACGUCCUGAGGGUGCAGCUGGAGGAGAUGCUGCUCAGCGGGGUCCUGGCUGCCUCCUACGAAGUCAACAUGACCUGCCCGCAGCCGGCGGAUUACGAGAUCCUCACGGAGAGCAACACACACAUGGAGCACCGGGCCAGUCGGGGCAACAGCGUCCACCAGACCCAGCCUGAUGUCCUUGUCCCCCUGUCCCAACCUGGCCUCCUGCACCACGUGUCCCAGUCCACCCUCACCCUCCCGGCACCCCAGCUCUCUCCCCAAGCCCACUCGGAGCAGGUUCACCCCGUGGCUCAGACCCAGCCAGUGCUGGUGCACCCCGGGCUGCAGUCCCAAUCCCAGCCCAGCCUGGUUCACCCGGGGCUUCAGCCCCAGCCAGGUGUGGUUCACCCCAUCACCCAGCCCCAGCGGGGCUUAAUACGCCCGGGCGUGCAGAACCAAAACCAGGGGCUGGUGCACCCUGGAGCUCAAACCCAACAAGGGCUUCUCCGCCCGGGGCUUCAGAACCAAAACCAGCCAGGGCUGGUGCACCCCGGGGCUCAAAACCAAGCAGGGCUUCUCCACCCAGGGCUUGUGCCCCAAAACCAGCUGGGGCUGGUGCACCCUGGAGCUCAAACCCAACAAGGGCUUCGUCCAGGGCUUGUGCCCCAAAACCAGCUGGGGCUGGUGCACCCUGGAGCUCAAAACCAAGCAGGGCUUCUCCGCCCAGGGCUUCAGAACCAAAACCAGCCGGGGCUGGUGCACCCUGGGGCUCAAAACCAAGCAGGGCUUCUCCGCCCAGGGCUUCAGAACCAAAACCAGCUGGGGCUGGUGCACCCCGGAGCUCAAACCCAACAAGGGCUUCGUCCAGGGCUUGUGCCCCAAAACCAGCCUGGGCUGGGGCACGCCGGUGUCCAGUCUGGCUUAAUGCAUACUGGUGCUCAGACUCAAGCAGGCUUUGUACGCCCGGGAGCUCAGCCCCAAAGCCAGCCGGGCUUCGGUCGCCCCAGCCUUCAGACCCACUCCCAAGCCGGUCUCCUCCGCCCCGGGCUCCAGAGCCAAGCUGG